AAGUUAGGUUAAAUUUAAACGUCAAAAUUCAAGGUUGAAAUUUUAAUAGGUAAACUGGAUUAUCUCAAGUCUAUUAUUAUUUUUAUUCCAUUGUUCGUUUUGAUUCGUUUAAACUUACACGGAUCGUUCAUCGAUUCCGUUUUUAAUUCAAUUACGACCAUAAAAUUCACUGAACGGUGACGUUUUGGAAUGACAUAAAAACAAAAAGUCAAAAUGGCAGGAAUGUCUCCCUCUGAAAGAAGACUUCAAAAGGAAUUGAUGUCUUUAAUGAAAGAACCACCACCGGGAGUAUCUGUGGAUGUUGAUUUGACAGGACAAAAUUUAUUACAGUGGAUUGUUCAUAUGGAGGGUGUUAACGGAACGCUUUAUGAGGGUGAAAGUUUUCAAUUACAGUUCAAAUUCACCAAUAAAUAUCCUUUUGAUUCGCCAGAGGUAACAUUUAUUGGAAACAAUAUCCCAGUUCAUCCACAUGUAUAUAGUAAUGGUCACAUUUGCCUUUCAAUAUUAACGGAUGAUUGGUCACCAGCACUUUCCGUUCAAUCAGUAUGUUUAUCGAUUGUGUCCAUGCUCAGUAGUUGCAAAGAAAAGAAAAGGCCUCCCGAUAAUGCUUUUUAUGUAAAAACUUGUAGUAAAAACCCAAAGAAAACGAAAUGGUGGUAUCACGAUGACUCGGUAUAAUAUUGAACACAAAAAAGAGGAAAAAGAAUACAGAAAAAAGAAAUAAUGUGAUUAUUUAUGAAUUCCUUAAUAUGUAAAAUAACACAUAUUUACAUUGUUUAAAGUAGGUUAAGCUUAUAAGUACGUACUUGAAUGUGAAUUACUUAAAUGAAAUGAAAAAGAAAAAUCGAAAAUUGUGGUAAAAAAAUUUUAUUGUUAUUCUCUUUUCUCGAUCGGACGUAGAAAAGAUGAAAUUACGAAGAAAUAAGAAAUAUUUCCUGCCAUAUGUAACUGUUAUUUAUGUGAAUUUGUGAAUUUAAAGUUUUCCUUUUUUCUUUAUAACACAUAAUAGGGCGUUUUUAUUUUUUUUAGAAUGCAAUUUGUUAAGAUUCAAUUACUCAAUAAUUAAUAAAAGAAAAUUAGAGACGGUUUCAACAUAGAUUAGAUAAAAACAAUUUUUACAUCUAA